GGGUGCUGCAUUCAACAAGAUGAAAUGAUGCUGAUCUACAAAUGCAAGACCAACAAAAGCUUGGACUUCUUUAUUUCCGAUAGAUCAAAAAGCAUGUUACUACAUUGGCCUAAGCGCUUCGACAUCAUCAAUGGGAUUGCUCGGGGGCUUCUCUAUCUUCAUCAAGUUUCUCGACUGAGGGUAAUUCAUAGGGAUCUCAAAGCCAGUGGCAUAUUACUUUCAACCCAAAAAUCUCAGAUUUUGGCAUUGCUAGAAGUUUUGCAGAAAACGAAACAGAAGCAAGAACGGAGAAAGUUGUUGGAACAUACUACGGAGUUUUGGUGGAAGAGAAACCGAGGAUUCUCUCAUCAAGGCCACAAUCUCAACCUUCUUGGACAUGCAUGGAAGCGAUUCACAGAAGGCAGAUCCAUCGAACUUCUUGAUCCAUUGGUAGAGACUCCAGCACUCUACAUGAAGUCAUGUGAUCGAUUCAUGUAGGUCUUUUAUGUGUGCAACAAAAACCACAAGAUAAGCCAAGUGUGCCAGCUGCUUUUCUGAUGUUGAGUGGUGAGGUGCGUGAUUGCCUCAACAUCAGAAACCUGGUUUUCAUAGUGAAAGGAAUCUGACAGAACUCGAAGUUUCUACAGAUGAGGCCAUAAUGUUCAGCUAAUGAACUCACUGUUACACUAGUAGGGACUCAAUGAAUGAUAA